GUAAUGAAGCACAGAUGUACACAAUAAAAUUAGUACGAUUUAACGUAACAAGGGAAAUGGACGUACACUGGAAACUGUACUUACUGCUCGUUUUUCAGAAACUUGCCUCGGUUUAUUCAGAGAAUAUACUAACAUAUACAUUGAACGAUGGAAACCAAAUACCUGCUAUAGCAUUAGGGACAAGCUUAGGCCACCUGGCCAAUGAGCCUGAAUGUUCACCUAAUUAUUGGAAAUGGAAUGGGACACGAGUGUUGCCUGUGAACCACUCCUUAGCGCGGGCGGUACAAUGGGCCCUCGAGGCUGGGUACAGACACAUAGACACAGCGACACUUUACCGUGUGGAGGACGAGGUUGGCCUUGGUGUUCGGAACUACGUAGCUAAAAAUGGUGAUAGACGGGAUGUUUAUAUCACUACGAAGUUAUGGAAUGAUGCUCACGAAAGAGAAGAAGUAAUUCCCGCGCUUAAAAAAUCAUUGCAAGAGUUAAAUAUGGAUUACGUCGACCUGUAUCUAAUGCAUUUUCCCUUCGGCUAUAAGAAAGAUGGUAGUAUUAGUAUGACCGACUAUCUAGAAACGUGGAAAGGCCUAGAAGACGCCAAAGAAGCCAAUUUGACGAGGUCGAUAGGCGUGUCAAAUUUCAACCUGUCUCAGAUGGAACGUCUGUGGGAAAACAGCAGGAUUAAACCAGCGGUUUUACAAACUGAGGUAAAUCCAAGUAUAACAGAAGAUGAUUUAAUAGAAUGGUGUCAACAACGUGGCAUAGUUGUAAUGGCAUUUAGUCCCUUCGGAGCUAUUCUUGGACGGAAGAAAGACGCUCCACCACCGCACGCAAACCAUCCGACACUUAUAAAUCUUGCUGAAAAAUACAAUAAGACUGUUCCUCAAACUUUAUUGAGAUAUUUGUUGGAUCGUAAACUAGUCCCAAUUCCACGAUCAACGAAUAAAGAACGUAUUAAACAAAACAUCGACGUAAUGGAUUUUUCACUCACUUCGGAAGAAGUUGAAGAGCUGUCGAGUUUUAACAAUAAUUACAGACUCAGGACACUGGCUAAGUGGUAUCCGCAUCCAUAUUUUCCGUUCGAAAAAAAGAACCUUACCGACGCUGAAAUAGAGCACAUAAUCCAUGAAAGGAAAGAAGAUUAAACGAUAAAAUUGAAAUUUUUGAUUUUCACAUCCGAAUGAUUACAAUAUUGCGGUUAAGAAGAAAGUUUUGAUCGGUGAUAAUUGAAUCCGGAAUUUCCAUUAAAGAACUCACAUUUCUCAAACACAAAUAUGGGAAAGUUUUAACAUCUUAAAUUAUUCCAUUUACCUUUUCUGUUAGCGUUUUUUAAAUGCGAUGUUAUUCACAAAAUUUGUAAUUAAACUUCGAAAAUGUC